UCCGGAGCAACAAACCAGAACCCGCAGCUGCUGUCAUUAAAGCCUUCAGCCGGCCGGCACUUACAGUCUGCUCGAAAAAGUAGAACCGAAUCAUCGACCGUUUUUACAGGAUGGUAUCGUGUUCAGAUUCACCUCGCGAGCGAUGAGUAAAACGCGCGCCGAGGGGACCGGACGGAGACCGGCGGCGGGUGUGUUUGCUCCGUGCUGCUCAGUACCGCUUCUCGGGCUCGUCAGAGGAUGGAGCGCUGGUUAAGAGGGGGUGGCGAGCCGUCCGUGUCCCGGUGUCUCCUCGGUCCUGUCCUCGUCCUCUCCCUCCUAGCGGUGCAAGCGAGCUGUCACAGAACCUGCACACACACAGUCCCCUCCGGCCGUGAGGUUGUCCAUCAAGUGUACUUGAAGCCUGAGCGCUUGGCAAAGAGAAGUUCUCCUGACGACCUGCAGCUAAAGAUAAAGAUCGUCUACGACAGCAGCGUUGACCAACUUCCUGCUGACAAACGGAGACUGGUGAAGGACAAGCUGUUUCCUCAGGCCAUCGACUACCUUCAGAGGGCGUUCAGCUUGAGGCGCAGGGUGGGACCCGUGCUGCUCAGCAGACAAUGUGCAACCAAUCAGUACAUGCGGAAGAGAGGUGACCCUCAUCGAUACUGCCAGGACGCCUGCGCAGACGUCACCCGGUGCGGUCCCGUCGUCGUACCACAGCACCACCUGCAGCAAUGUAAGGUUUGCAGUGAGUCUGGGAAGUCCUGUGGCCCAGCGGGGCCCCCAGACGGCCCCGGGGUGGAGGGCUCAGACUUUGUGCUGUACGUCAGCGGCAUCACCACUGAGCGGUGCGGACAGGAGAACAUAGUGGCCUAUGCUGCCUACUGCCAGCUGGAAGCAGAGCUGGACCGGCCCAUUGCAGGUUAUGCCAACCUGUGUCCAGCCAUGAUCUCCUCUCAGCCUCAGGAGUUUGAAGGAAUGCUAUCCACUGUCAAACACGAGAUCAUCCACGCUCUGGGGUUUUCGGCCGGUCUGUUCGCCUUCUACCACGACGACGAGGGCAAACCUCUGACCCCGCGCUUCGCCAGCGGCCUUCCCGCGUUCAACGAGAGCCUGGGCCUGUACCAGUGGAGCGAGGCGGUGAUCAGGAGGGUCAGCCGACUGUGGGACAUCAGAGGAGGAGAGAUGGUGCGGCACCAUGUUCACGUCCUGGUCACUCCUCGGGUCGUGGAGGAGGCCAGGAGGCACUUCAGCUGCCCCAUCCUGGAGGGGAUGGAGCUGGAGAACCAGGGCGGGACGGGAACCGAGCUCAACCACUGGGAGAAGCGGCUGCUGGAGGUCCGCACCUUCUCCCCCACCCCACUACGUUUUACAAAACGCCAAACAAACCCAACUUGUUCUUUCCUCCUCGUGAUUCCGCACGACUCUCUCCAGAACGAGGCCAUGACGGGCUCCCACACCCAGAACCGGGUGUUUUCCCGCCUCACGCUGGCUAUCAUGGAAGACAGCGGCUGGUACCGGGCCAACUACAGCCUGGCCCAGAGGCUGGACUGGGGCCACGGUCUCGGCUGCGACUUCGUUAUGAAGAGCUGCAAGUUCUGGAUGGACAGACAGAGACAGAGGCGGCACCCUGUGACCCCGUUCUGUGACACGGUGCGGGCCUCUCCUCUGCAGCUGACCUGCAGACAGGACCAGCUGGCAGUGGCUGUCUGCAACUUGCAGAAAUACCCCCAGCAGUUGCCCCUGGAAUACCAAUAUUUCGAUCGGAUCCCGGACGUUGCUGCAGAUCAGCUGUCGUCCUUCGGGGGCGCUGUGGAGAUCGCCGAUUUCUGCCCCUUCAGCCAGGAGUUCAGCUGGCACCUCAGCGGAGAAUAUCAACGAAACUCGUACUGCAGAGUAUCGGAGAACCAGCCAGACUCAUGGAGGAAUUAUGGAGCGGAGCAGUACGGCCUGGACUCUGUGUGUCUGUACCAGAAGUCGGCCUUCGUCAUGGAGCAGUGCACCAGGAAGAUGACGUAUCCAGACUGGGGCUCUGGAUGCUACAAGGUUUCGUGCUCGUCUCAGGGCCUGACGGUGUACGUUCAGGACCGCUCCUUCCUGUGCGUGAGGAAAGGUCAGCAGCUGAGCGUCAGCGUCCGGGUCAACGACUGGGUUUACAACGGGGUCCUGCUCUGCCCCGCCUGCGCCGACUUCUGUGACGACUGCCCCCUGCCCCACCAGCUCCUGCCCAUCAACGCCUCCAGGAGCAAUCCCAUCGAUCCCUGCUCCAGUUCUCCAGGUCUGGCCAUCACUCUCUGGCUGCUUCUGCUCAACCUGCUCCCUUUAGUGGCUGAACUGCUGAUCUGUCACUGGAGCUGAUGACACACACACACACACAUACACGCUCACAAUAAGGUAGCUAAAACUCUACUGUACUGUAGCCCUCAGAGGACUUGAUGACACACCUUGUUUUUCUUCUGAAUUUGGUUUUCUUUCCUUUAACCUGAAGCUGGGAAAAAACAACCUUUGUACAUCCCUGACUCUCUCUCUCUCUCCCUCCCUCCACUCCUAUGUUAUUAUUUCCACCUUCGACUCGACGUUUUUCCUCUCAGGAUCUUUGCUCUUCCGUUCCUUUUUUGGGGUUUUUCCGAUGACAAAACUGUGUCUGCGUCUCUCCAAACCGUCUGCCACAAAAGGAUGUGUUUACAUGCACUUCAAAAACCAGGUUGCCCUCAUUUUUUUUUCUGUAAUUGAGAACCAUGGUCACUGUAAUCAGAAUGUAAACACUGCAGACACACCUACUUGUUUCUAAAGGUUAUCGCUGGCUCUGGGAGGUACGGUUAUUUAAAUGUGGCAGCUUAUGUGGUUACUUGCAGGUAAACUGUUCGUAUUAAAGGAACAGUUUACCUGCAAGUAAACUGUUCAUGUUAUGACCCAAUACUUCUCUCUUUUCAAGGCUGCGGUGCGUUUAUAUUGAUGUAAAUAUAUAGAAUUAUUUAAAAUUAACCAUUUUUAUUGCGAGAACAAACACAGACAGAUUUCUAUUAUCAAGUUAGUAAAGCAAAGGUUAGCUUUUGAUUUUACAUUUCAUUCUAUUCUUGAAUUCACCUGUCAAAAGGGUCCUCCCCUUUUCGGAUAAAAGUUUGCUGCUUUCGACACAAGCGUUCAUAUCUCGCAUUGAAAUUCAUCCUGCAUCGUCAGAGCCCAGUUAAUUAUUAGAGCUCAACUAAUUGUUUUCAGUCACUUGAGCUGUGGCUAUUCAGUCCCAAACAUGAGUGAAAUUCAUCUGAAUAACAUUUUUGUGAACGUACACAAACAAAACAUUCAGAAUAUCACCCACACUGCAAUCUGUAAUCCACCGAUCGAUCAAAUCAGAUCUGCCUGUCAGGAUGUACUAAUGCCGCCAAACUGUCCUAAGAAUUGAAGAUUGCUUAGAUAGUUGCCAGAUUUGUUGUGUUGCCCUUCAAAUUUCAGGUAAGUCAGUCCCAAAUCUUGGAUUUAUGAAAGAUGUCACAGUUGAGAUCUUUUCAGCUGCAAUUUGGAAAGCCACUGAGAUUUUAUUGUCGUUGUGGCUA